UAAGCCCUCGAUAUGCACAAGUACGCAACUAGUUUUUUGUGCGCUUUCGCUUUAUGGAACCUUUGGGGAGCCAGUGCAAUAAAUGGGGAUAUUUCCAAACACACAGCUGCAUUGUCCAAGCCACCAAUGCCGUAUUAUACAAUCGAGAACCUUGGAGUGCACCAGCAGCACUGGUUUGUUUACAAUUCCCUAAGACAAAAUGGAACUUCGGCGAGAAUUGAUAACAUGAUGCAACGCAUAGAGAUGCGAUUGCAGGCCCUUCAAAGCCAGGUGGACGCACUACUUCAGUCUCUAAAGCAACAAAUUCCACCCUACAUUGAAAACAUAAAAAAGUCCUACAAGAUCAACACGGCAGUGUUCACAAAGGGCGGCUUAAGGCACUUUUAUUUGGAAAAGCAAAGUAUGUACACCUGGGAUGACGCAUACGUCCAGUGUCGUCAAAUGGGCGGUCACCUGGCGAGCAUCCAGAAUGAGAAGGAGCUGAAUGAAAUCUUCGCAGAAGCCCCCAGCAAUCAGUACUGGGUGGACAUCACCAACCGCCACGAAGAUGGGGCGCCCUUCCUUUCCGCUCUAUCCGGAAGGAAAGCUCCACUUCUGAAAUGGAAGUCCAAAAAGUCCACAAAUACGCACCAUCAUUGCGUGUACAUCUAUGCUAAAGAUGUUUACUAUGAUAAAUGUUAUGAAAAAAAAUCUUUCGUUUGCCAAGCAGAGCAGUGGGCGUAAGCAUAUAGGAAAAAUAUU